AUGCUAAAAGUGGACCUCCGUAAGGCUUUUGACUCCAUAAGGUGGGAUUUCAUCCUCAGCACACUUAGAGCCAUCCAUUUUCGUGAAGUCUUUGUUAAGUGGAUUGAGGAAUGCAUAACAACACCAACCUUCUCUAUCACGGUGAAUGGAGCAUCUGGAGGCUAUUUUAAAAGUAGACAGGGACUGCGGCAAAGUGAUCCACUGUCACCCUACCUCUUUGUUUUGGCAAUGGAGGUUUUUUCAAGUCUGCUAGCUUCAAGAUUUGAUCUGGGCUACAUCGCUUAUCAUCCAAAUACUUCAGAGCUUCAACUCUCACACUUAAUGUUCGCUGAUGAUGUGAUGAUCUUCUUUGACGGUGGUGCGGCUUCCCUCCACGCCAUCUCUGAAACGCUUGAUGAUUUUGCGGGGUGGUCUGGACUCAAUGUAAACAGGUAUAAAUCAGAGCUAUUCUUGGCUGGACUGACUCCUCAAGAGACAGAGGAAACAGCAAGGUAUGAGUAUCCUAUUGGAACACUUCCUACUAGAUACUUGGGGUUGCCUCUUAUGCAUAGAAAGCUUAGGAUAUCGGAAUAUGAUCCUUUGCUAAAUAAACUUGCUGGAACUUUUAGAGCUUGGGCUGUGAAAAUGCUGAGUUAUGCAGGGAGGUUGCAUCUUCUGUCCUCUGUUAUCAAUGGGACAGUUAUAUUCUGGAUGUCAGCAUUCAUCUUACCCAAGGGCUGUGUGAAAAAGCUUGAAUCUAUAUAUUGGCACAAGCACCACCACUUGCGCAAUAUCAGCUUCUGGGCCGUUGAAUCAAAAACCGCAGAUUCUGCUUCUUGGAAAUCGAUUCUGUCCCUAAGACCCUUGGCUGAACAGUUUCUGAAAUGCAAAGUAAACAAUGGAGCCAAUGCCUAUUUCUGGUACGACAACUGGACUCUCCUUGGCAGCCUCAUCAAUUUCCUAGGUCCAACUGGCCCGAGAGACCUUCGCUUGCCUAUCUCAGCCUCGGUGCGUCAAGCCUCAAACCCUACAGGGUGGCGGCUACCUCACCCUCGCUCUGACAACGCCCUGGCUCUUCAUGCGCACCUAACAACAGUCAUAGCGCCUCACCAGCAGACCCAAUUUGACUCCUUCCAUUGGAUCGUUGAUAAUAAAGACUGCAAAGGUUUCUCCUCAUCAAAGACUUGGGAAGCAAUCAGACCGAGAUUAGCCAAAGAGUUGGGCAACCCAGCUUGUAGCCUCUGUAACUCACACGAUGAAUCUCGAGACCACCUGUUCCUCAUUUGUAGCUAUGCAAACUCUCUGUGGCAGAUGGUUUUCUCGCGUCUUGGUCCUCAACGUCGUCUCUUCGUCACUUGGAACGAACUUCUGUCUUGGACCAGAUUGUCAACUUCUUCAGCGCCAUCUACUCUUAGAAAGGUAGCUACUCACUCACUCAUCUACAACGUUUGGAGACAACGCAACGAGGCGGUUCAUCGAGGCGGCUUUGCAACAUUGCAGACAACAUUCAAGACCAUUGACAGGGACAUCCGCAACACCAUCACUGCAUGA